UGGGGGAGGGUUGGAGGGUGUGGCGAGGCGGUUCAGCCUGGACAGGCGAACUCUUAUGAGGAUCCAACACUCAGGUAAAGCCGGACCACGCGCUGGAGCAGGGAGAAUGAAGCUUGCCAUCUGUACCCUGUUGUACGCCGGGACUCUGGGGCUGUGCCUGGCUGUCCCUGAGAAAACUGUGAGAUGGUGCGCUGUGUCAGAUCAUGAGGCAGCUAAGUGCUCUGGUUUCCAAGACAAUAUGAAAAAAGUUUUUCCAGAAGAUGGUCCCCUUGUCACCUGUGUCAAGAGAACCUCUUACCUGGAAUGCAUCAGGGCCAUUUCAGCAAAUGAAGCAGAUGCUGUGACCCUUGAUGGAGGUUUGGUGUUCGAGGCAGGCCUGGCCCCCUACAACUUGAAGCCCAUCCUGGCGGAAUUCUAUGGGUCAAAAGAUGAUGCACAAACCUACCACUAUGUCGUUGCUGUGGUGAAGAAGGGCACCAACUUCCAGCUGAGCCAGCUCCGAGGCAAGAAGUCCUGUCACACGGGCCUGGGCUGGUCUGCUGGGUGGAACACCCCCAUCAGGACACUGCUUCCCUCGGGCUCUCUUGAAGCAGCAGUGGCCAAGUUCUUCUCCAGCAGCUGCGUCCCCUGUGCGGAUAAGAAGAAGUUCCCCAGCCUGUGUCAACUGUGUGCCGGGAAAGGGACAGACAAGUGUGCCUGCUCCUCCCGUGAACCGUACUUUGGCUACUCAGGCGCCUUCAAGUGUCUGAAGGAUGGUGUGGGGGACGUGUGCUUCGUGAGGCACCUGACAGUGUUUGAGAACCUGGCACUCAAGGCUGACAGGGACCAGUAUGAGCUGCUCUGCCUGGACAACACCCGGAAGCCAGUGGAUGAAUACAAGAACUGCCACUUGGCCAAGGUCCCUUCUCAUGCUGUUGUGGCUCGAAGUGUGGACGGCAGGGAGGACUUGAUCUGGGAGCUUCUCACCCGGGCCCAGGAACGUUUUGGAAAGGACAAGUCAGCAGAAUUUCAGCUCUUUGGGUCUCCUCUUGGGAAAGAUCUGCUAUUUACUGAUGCUUCCCAUGGCUUGGUAAAGGUCCCACCCAGGAUGGAUGCCAGGUUGUACCUAGGAUAUGAGCAUUUUCCUGAAACUCAGUGUCUACACACAGAUUCCCACAAGGUGCGGUGGUGCGCAGUGGGCCAUCAGGAGAAGGCCAAGUGUGACAACUGGAGUGCGGUGAGCGGUGGUGCCCUAGAGUGCACCCUGGAGGAGAGUUCUGAGGACUGCAUUGCUGCCAUCACGAUAGGAGAAGCUGAUGCCGUGAGCUUAGAUGGAGGAUUCAUCUACACGGCAGGCAAGUGUGGUUUGGUGCCUGUCCUGGCAGAGAACUAUGAGCCUACACAUGGCGGCGAGAAGCGUGGGUCUAGUUGUGUGAAUACACCCGUGGAAGGUUAUUAUGUCGUGGCUGUGGUUAAGAAGUCAGAAGCUGAUGUCACCUGGAACUCCCUUCGAGGCAAGAGGUCCUGCCACACUGCAGUUGGCACUUCAGCAGGCUGGAACAUCCCCAUGGGUUUAAUAUACAAUCAAACCGGCUCCUGUAAAUUUGAUGAGUUCUUCAGUAGAGGCUGUGCCCCUGGGUCUAACCCGGACUCCCCUCUCUGUGCUCUGUGCGGCGGUGGCAGCAGCCCGGCACACAUGUGUACCCCUAGCAGCCACGAGAGGUACUACGGCUCCAGUGGGGCUUUCAGGCAAGUGGUUUCUCUUUGCACCAACCCAGUGAACUUCUUGUUCUCUCUCUUUUUCUAUCAUCCCAGCAGUUGACUGCUACAUUUAGAAAGAGCCAGCAUUAGGAACCCAGAACUACUGCAAAUUUCAAGUAGCCCCACUACUUGGACUCAAGUCCAGCAUUCUCCUGCAGACCCAGAUGACUCAUUUUUAGGGCACAAGAAUGAUGGCUGCAGAGUCACAGGCAUAGUCCUACAUUUGCCACUUCAUUCUGAGUGAUUGUGGACAAGUCAUGAAAUUCAUCAGAGGCUCUGUUUAAAGUCACAAGAGGGAUACCA